AGUAUAAAGAAGACAGGAAAAAACAAAUCCACAUCUCAAAGCGACACAACUGCUGCAAGCGUAAACCACAGGGGUCUUUUUACAAGUGCAGGUGCAUCCACACUAGCUGCAAACUGUUCUUCUUAGAAUAGUGAGUUUAUGAAGAGCCACUGGUUUGAAAGAUGAGUGACUCACUGGAGAGGACUACAGACUGUCCCUUGCUGCCUCUUGGAGAUAGCUCCAGCCCAGGCGAGGAGAGAGAGAACCUGACAGGCUCAAGUGAGUUACACUGGGAAGAUGGAGGUCUACCUGUGGAGCUGCAGAGAGGAAUGGAAACCCUGCGAGUGAACAGAGAACUGACCGAUGUGGUGCUAUGUGUUCAGGGAUAUGACUUCCCUUGCCAUAGAGCCAUACUCGCUGCUGCCAGCCAAUACUUCAGGGCAAUGUUUUGCAGUGGUCUGAAGGAGAGUCAUGAGGAGCGUGUGGAAAUAAAGGGGUUGGACAGUGGAACCAUGUGCUCUCUCCUAGAGUAUACCUACACCAGCCGAGCCCUCCUCACACACUCAAAUGUUCAGAGAAUACUAGAGGCUGCCAGUCAAUUUCAGUUUCUGCGUGUGGUGGAUGCAUGUGCUGCCUUUAUGAGCAAGUCUCUGCACCUAGAGAGUUGUAUUGGGAUCCUGAAUCUUGCUGAAAACCAUGCCCUACCGGCUUUGAAGACCAGGGCUCAGGACUACAUAACCUCUCAGUUCUCCCAAGUAGUCCAGCAGCAGGACUUCCUGGAGCUGCCAGCAGAGUCACUGGAGGUGAUCCUGCAGAGGGACGACCUUGAUGUGAAGUGUGAGGAGUGUGUUUUUGAGGCACUCAUGCACUGGGUGAGAGCCCAGCAGGAUGAACGCUAUCCUUUACUGGCCAGGUUGCUUUCACAUGUGCGACUGCCAUUGUUGGAGCCUGCGUACUUUGUUGAAAAAGUGGAAUCAGAUGAACUGAUUCGCCGUUGCAGUGAGGCCUUUCCUCUUUUGCAAGAGGCCCGCACCUAUCACCUCUCCGGCAGGGAGGUGGUCUCUGAACGAACCAAGCCUCGCGUGCAGCACUUUCUAUCAGAGGUGUUCCUGAUAAUUGGAGGAUGCACUAAAGAUGAACGCUUCAUUUCCACUGUCACCUGUUUGGACCCCCUUAGACGCAGCAGGCUGGAGGUUGCCAGGCUUCCAAUCACAGAGAUGGAGGACGAAUCCCAAAACAGAAAAUGGGUGGAGUUUGCCUGCAUCACUUUCCGCAAUGAAGUGUACAUUUCUGGAGGUAAAGAGACACAGCAUGAUGUUUGGAAAUAUAAUGGCGCCCUGGACAAGUGGAUCCAGAUUGAGAGUCUGAUGACUGGGCGCUGGAGACACAAGAUGGCAGUCCAUGGGGGGAAGGUGUAUGUAAUGGGUGGAUUUGAUGGAGUUCAGAGACUCGCUAGCGUAGAGGCCUAUGAUCCCUUUCACAAUCGCUGGACACAGGUGACUCCUCUUGCAGUCGGUGUGAGCUCCUUUGCAGCUGCAAGCUUUGACAAAUGGAUCUAUGUGAUUGGUGGCGGGCCAAAUGGAAAGCUGGCAACUGAUCAGGUCCAGUGUUGGGAACCUGGGACAGACAUCUGGGAACUACGGGCACCCAUUCCCAUUGAAACCAAAUGCACUAAUGCAGUCACAUUCAACAACUGCAUCUAUAUAGUUGGGGGUGCCAUGCACGCCAUGUACCGCUACUCGCCUCUGUCAGACUCCUGGUCCCUUGUGACCCGUCUGGGGGAGAGGGCAAGCUGCGCCAUCGCCGCUUGUAACAACAAACUUUUCAUCACUGGGGGACGGGACAACAAGAACCAAGUUAUCUCCACAGUGAUGUGCUGGGACGUUGGCCGGGGAGUGCUGACGGAGGAGUGUGUUUUACCUAUGGGCGUGUCGCACCAUGGCAGUGUGACACUCAUGAAGUCCUACACACACAUACACAGAAUAACACCUACUUCAGAGAGCCAAUGACACAUGCUUCUGUGAGGAGGACAUUAUUGUUGAUGAAAGAAUGGAUUGAAAAGGAAAAGUGAAAGAGUGAUGAAAAGGGGGAUUGUUUUUGUGUACAUAACUAUGUUAAUUUUAUGACACUUUUAAAUAUGAGGAGUUGGUCAAUAGCAGCCAUGUUAUAUUACAGCAGCAAUU